UGUCUAGGAGCACGUUUCAGUGGGGGAGGCUUUUACUUCCGGGGCACGCAAGAAUUGGUACACACGUGGAGCCCGGAGAACGGUAAUGAGCAAUGAUCGACAAUGCAGACAAAUUGGACUUUGGCAAGGAAACAAGAGAGAAGAAGAAAAAGAAGAAAAAGGCCAAGGCUGUGGAGGAGAAUGCCUUGGAUGUGGAACCCCUUGCUAAAACAAAGCCAUCCCAGAAGAGUGUGGCCCCCCCAGACAUGGUUCCAGAGCCCCUCCUGAAGAAGAAGAAAAAGAAGAAAACCCAAGAAACAGAGAGCCCAGACAGAGCCCCCCACCCCCAUGAGGAUAGCAUGGAGGCAGAGACCAUAGGCAGAACCCACUCUCUGAAGAAGCAUCAUAGCAGGAAGGAGCUGCUUCCAAAUGCACUUGAGGCCCCAUGUCAAGGGAAGAAAAAGAAGACAAAACCAUCCCUCUCUUAUACCCCAGGAGCAGAGACAGGGGUGGGUGUGGACCUGGAAGGGGGCUCUGUCAGAAAACCUAAAAAGCGGAAGAGGGAUAAAAGGUCAGAUCAGGAAAGCUUUAGGGAGCAGGAGGAGGAGGCCCUUCCUGACCCCAUGAAGGAGGAGGAGGAGGAAGAAGAAAAGGAGUGUGAGCCCAUAGAACAGGGACAGGGAGAGGAGAAGCAGGAUCCUAGUAGUCUCAGGGACCCUGGCACCAAGAAGAAGAAAAAGAAAAAGAAGAAGACUUACAGGGAGGAGGAGAAGGAAGAUGAGAAGGAUGAUAGAACUGAUAAAGUGCCCCUCGAUGAGGGCCACAUAGAAGACCCCAGUGCCUUCAGCAGCUGCAGAAAGAAAGGCCACAAAAAGAAGCAGCCCAAGGCCGAAUUGGCAGAAAGUGUCCCCCUAGCAGACAGCCCCAGGAACAUGAAAAAGAAAGAAAAAAAAUCUAAGACACAGGUAGAGCCACCCUCUGCUGAGGAACCUGCUCGCAAGAAGAAGAAGACAUCAGUAGGUAGGAAAGUGAGGCAGGACCCUCAAGGCCCAAGCAUGGAGCAUGAAUCAGACUUGGAAGUAGUGUCUGAAAAAAAGGGAAACUUGGAUGAAGUCACAAUAGAUAUGGUUAGAAGAAAGGCCUUGCAGGAAGAGAUUGAUAGAGAAUCUGGGAAAACUGAAGCUCUUGAAAUCAAAGUGGAAGAGCCUACACAGUUUGGCCAGUGGGAUACAGCUACUUUUGAAAAUUCGGACCAAAAGAUGAAAUUUCUCAGACUCAUGGGAGGCUUUAAGAAUUCUUCCCCGUUGGUCAGCAGUUCUCCGGGCACCCUCAGGAAACCAAACAUGGCUCUGAACAAGCAGGCCGCUGCUGCAUUACAGCAGAAUCUGCAAGUGGAGUUUGACAGAGCACUGAACUGGAAGCAUCAGCGUGGAGUUGGACUGGGCUAUUCAGCUUCUACAAACAAACUGUUUUAUAUAGACAGAAAUGCAUCCAGAUCUGUAAAGUUUAAUGAUUAAGGGCGUCUUGUCCUCCCUUCCCCCAAAUCACCAAAGUUGUUUUUAGGUUUUCUAUUACAUGAGCUAAAAGUUGAGCGGCUUUUUUCAAUAAUGAGUCAUCAGGCGCUUCAGUUGGUUGGGAUUUUGAAGCCCCUUGAGGGGCUGGAGGCUAACCUGUGUUAUAAAAGCCAGUAUAGUAUUUCCAUUAUUAAAGACUCUUCUGUUUAGUGUUUAAAAUUAUUCUGGACCAAUAUAGGCCACAGUAUGCUAAUAUCUUUUUAAAGUUGCUUUUUCUCCCCCUUGCCAAGCUAAAUUUGUGGCCUGGCUCCUUUUACAACUAGGAUUUGAUAAUGAUAAAAUUUAAUAGCCAAGUAAUUCUUGUUUUACCUGGGCACUAGAAGGUAGCUCUGGGAAAAUGAGCUGUCAUAAAAUACUACAGGAGAAUUCUAUCUAAACUUUGAAAUUAAAUGUCUGUCUCAGAAUUUCUAAAAUGAACUUCUUUAAAUUUUAUUUUUCAAUUAACAAAAAUCUAAUUUGUCUCCCUCUCAUCUACCCCUCCUUGGAACAACAUGAAAAAACAAAACCCUUGUAAUAAAUAAGCAUCAUUAGGUCAAAUAAAUUCCCAGGCUGGCUACGUGCAGAAAUGCACGUUUUAUUCUGAGUCCGUCACCUGUCAGAGUGCUUCCUCAUUGGCUGGUCAUUGUGCUGAUCAGAGUUCUUGUGUUUUUCAAAGUUUAGCUUUUUCAACUGCCUUAAUUUUAAGUGCUAGGCAACAGUUUUAGAGACAUUCAGAAGUCACAAGUUUUAGCGGUUUAUUUUGUUUGCUUUUACACAUUAGGAUAUGGCAGGUUUAUUAUGUUUCAGAUCCCUUUUGUACUCUAAUCUUUAUGGAUCAAGCCUUAUGAUCACAGGUCACAGUCAGUAGGGAUCUCGGGGCCAUAUUGGCCAACCUUUGUCUGAACAAAAAUCCCCUCUAUAGACAAUAUCCCCCAAAACAUGGCCUUUGCAUGAAAACCUCCAGUCAAGAGGAAACCAGUACUUCCUCUAAAGUGACCCUUUCUGCUCGGGAUAUAGCUCUGACUAUAAGGAAAAUUUUCCUAACAGACCUCAGGUGAAUCCUUUGCAACUUCUACCACAACUCUUAGUUAUGGCCUUUGGGACUAAUUCCUCUUCCCCUGGGCCAGCCUUUAAGUACUAGAAGACACAGAACCAUGUUUCCCAUUGUUCAGUCUUAACACGAGAGACUCAAGACCCUUUAUCAAUGUCCUUCCUGAAAGGUGACUCUCAGGACUGAACACAGCACUCCAGAGGCAGCUGGAGGGCACGGUGAUUGGAGCCCUGGGCCUGGGGUUAGAAAGACCUUCUUAGACACUUCCAGCUGGGUGACUCUAGGCAAGUCACUUUCUCUCUGCCUCAGUGCCCUCAUCUGUAAAAUGGGGAUGAUAGCCCCUCCCUCGCAGGAGAGUCAUGAGAAUCAGACAAGGUGUUUGGAAUGCACACAGCCCAGCACCUAGCAUCUAGUCGGCGCUUACUGCUUUCCAUGUAGAGACUCUGCUUUUCACGUUGGCUUUUGGGGCUGCUGUAUGCUCUGCUCACUGAAUUUGCAGUCCAGUAAAAUUCACAGACUUCUUUCAGCAUAUUAGAUUAGGGCCAGUGAUCCAGCUUGUCAAGAUCUUCUUCCAUCCUGUUAUCCAAUGCCUUAGCUAUUCCUCCUUAAAUUAGUGUCAUUUACAAAUCUGAUAAGCGUGGUAUCUUUGUUUACACACAAGUCACUGCUAAAAAUGUUAAAACAGUAUGGGGCCAAUGGCACACUCUCCCCAGAAAACUUUCUACGGAACCAUUAAUGCCUAACCUAUGGGAACAGCCAUUCAACCAUUUCCAAAUUCACCCAAACACACCACCAUCCAAUUAAUAUCUUCAUAUUUUCCACUAGAAUAGUCUAGAAACUUUGCCGCAUGCUUUGCAAAUGUCUAAAUGUAGUAUUCCCUUAGUCUGCCAGUCUAGUAACCCCAUCAAAAAAACAGGAAAUUGUAUUGGUGCGGCCACUCUGGAGUUGGGACUGGGUUCAAAUUCUGCUUCUAACGUGUCUUGGUUCCCCAUCUGUAAAAUGAAGGAGUCGGACCAGAUGAUCUCCAGGGUUUCUUGCAGCUUUAGGAUUAUAUGGUGCCCGUUGUUUUUAAUCAAGUCGUUGAGUCUUUGCGGUCACUGCCUCUUGUAGGUGACGUUUGCUAACCAUCACUUUAAUACAUUCUAGGAUUUUGCAAGGAAACAAAAUAAAGUUCACUAGCCUACGUUUUGUAGGCUUCAUUCUCUUCUUUGAAAAUCAGAACACUUGCCCGACCCAGAUCUUCUGUCCCUAGCUCACUGAAGUCCUUCAGAACUGACUGGUGGGUACUCAGCAAUUACAUCCGGGGUUUUUCGGGAGCCCCUGGGCUCCGUGUCAAACUCACCAAGGUUAGCUAUGUGCUUCCUUACUGUCUUUCUACUUUUCUUGAGUCCCAACUCAUUAUUAGUCAUUGGUUUUAGUAGCUGUUCUAUUGUGCAGCUAGUGGGAAAAGUUAAGCAGCUCUGGCACUCUCAUUUAUCAUGGUCCCACCCACCCAGGGCUACUUCCUCUGAUAGUUAGAAAUCCUUGUUACUUUCUUUAAUCUUUCAUUUCUAGAUUCACUAAGAAAAUUCUCAUGCCUUACAGAUAUGACAUGGCAAGGAUCCUUUUGAAGUGGCUAGAUGUCCUAGCAUUAACUAACGAUUGACUGCAAACGAGAGGCUAUCAACUGGCCGCCUCUGCACAGCGUGGAGCUUUCUCUAACUUUUCAGGCUGUAUUAACUCUACUAACCCACCUCAGAAGGGUGAGCAGAAAAGGUAGACCUGUUAUUUUCCAAACUUACUUCUGAACUAAGCAAAACAGAGGGCAUAGCUGUGGAACUAGAUCAUCGAUGGCCACAGAUCCGCUAGAUUAUCAGCGGAGCAGACCGUAUGAAAAAUACAUUUCCCCACCUCUACUGUAUGUAAGGUCCUUUGUAAAUAUUUCUUGGUCAUGUACAACAAUCCUUCAUCUAUGCAGAUGUAAAAUGGAUUGAUUUAUGUAGAAUGUAUAUAAUACCUGCCUUUCUAAGACUAAAAGUUUUACUAAUUUGCAGUUUCUCAGGGGAUAAAUAUUUUAUUGUACUUAAUGCAUGAUUAGCCUUCCCAGCUGUUCUAUGUGAGUAGCAAGAUGUAAUUAUAAAAAUUAAGAAACACUUAUAAAGAGCCAGUUACGUGCCUGCUGGGCACUGUGCUAAACUCUAGGGCCACAAACACGAAAAGGCAGUCCCUGCGCUCACAGCAAAGAGCUUACAUCUAAUGGGUGGAGACAACACACAAAGAAAGCUGAAAAGGAGGGCUUGCGGGGACAGGACAUGGUGCAAGGAGUGCAGCUGGUGGAAAGUGAAGGGUUGGCUGUUCGGAGUCCUCUUUAAAUGGCAGCUUCAGAGAACGGCUCUUUGCCCUACCCUCUAGUCAGAGAAGCAGAGGAUACUGCUGAGGUGAGAGUCUCAAAGCUGACUCAAAUCUCACAGGAUGCUGAAUUUUCUGGGAGCAUGACGAUAGUGGAGUCUUGUCCGAGGAGUGCAGUUUGCAGGAAAUGAAUAUUGUGCGUACGCAUGAUAUGUUCCUCCCAACUGAUCUUUGGGAGUAGCAAGAUCUAACCAGGAUUUUUAAAAUUCUACUGAGCAGACAUGUAAAAGCAAUGUAAUUAAGGCACAUGUAAAGUGACAAUGGUUUGGGGGUAGCUUUUUUGUGAACAUGAUCUUAGCAUUUUUCUUCUGGUUCUGGUUGAGUCAUUUCAGUCAUGUCUGACUGACCCUAUUUGAGGUUUUCUUAGCAAAGACACUGGAGUGGUUUGCCCUUUCCCUUUCUAGCUCAUUUUACAGACAAGGAAACUGAGGCAAACAGGGUUAAGUGACUUGCCCAGGGACACAUAGCUAGUAGGUGUCUGAGACUAGAUUUGAAAUCAAGUCCUCCUAACUCCAGGACUGGUGCUUUAUCCACUGUGCCACCAGGGAUGAUUGUAAAGUUUCUCCUUAGCUACUCUCCAUGUUAGACACCUACUGGCAUCUAAUAUUUCCAAGCUGUCCAGGUCCCCCAGCCUUCAAACAGCUGUCCCCAUUUUGUGAUGAUCUUUAUUUUCAAAAACCUUUGGUAAGUACAGUUUAUAUUAAGUGACAACAUAGAACCCCCAAACCCUUCAGAUCCCAUUUCACCCUCUGAAGGGGGUGUUAUAGUAGUAGGACCAACAGUGAGACAGCAGCUGAGCCAGGAAUAUGUACAUCAUGCCUUAGACCAUGGCUCUGACCUGGGGGAGUCACUUAAAUUCUCAGCGAUAUAACAACUCUUGAGACUAUAUAUACGUUGGUAGAAAGUCUCUUCAUCUGGGAACUCCUUACACCAUUAAGACAAAGGUCCAAUCUUUAGCCCUAAACUCCUUUGGUUAAGAAUGGAAUAACUUUAUACUCAUUGUAUCCAUCAUUUUCAUGUUAGUCUCCUGUAAGAAACAGCCUUUGGAUUAUCAUUAAAACAUGCUUAUACUCCUAACA